AUGAACCAAACAGACAAUGCCUUCCAAGGUGAAGAUUUCCGAGCAAGUGAUUUCCCGUGGGAAGACCCAACGGAGGUACCUGCUUCCAGUAGCGCUUCCAGUACUAGUUGUGCCAGCGAAGGGGAGAAUGAUUGCUCGAGAAAGGACUACAUCGAGAACCUAGUCAAUGGGGAUUCGUCAAGAGCAUACAAGGAUGCCCUUGGGCCAAAUUGCACCACUGAUAGCGCUACCGCUACCAGUAGUGAUUCUUAUGGAGAUUCUGAUGAUGAGGAUGGUGGCGAUGGGAAGGAUGGAUCUGAACCAGAGAUCCAAAUACCCAAAAAAACGCCCAAUGUUGCCACGUCCAGAGCCAUUGCUCGAAACAGUACAGCCAAUACGGACAUGAUGUAUGCUCAGCUAGCAAUUGUUGGAGAUGGCGACAUUGAAUGGGCAAUCAGCAAGGCUUACCAGAUGCAAAAAUUCAAGCAGGAGUAUGCCCUCCUUGAUACUGUGGAGGACUGCCUGAGACACAUCCCCGGACUUGUCAAAGACGGAUUCCUUCUUUCUGUGGACUUCAAUCUGCACCAAGGUGGCUAUAUUAUGGCAGGGGACAUGCCAAAAUUUGACUUUAGUCUGUGUGACUCUUCAGAGAGUUUGUGUGGUCUCAAGCAGAGGUCCUAUUAUCUACCACAAAUCCUUUGUCCUGAUUUGGCGGCAGUGAGAGCGGGAAUCACUGGUCUCUUGGAAUUUGAUGGAUAUGGGAGAGCCCUCAACAAUUUCACUUUUAGAACUUUCGCAACAGCUUUUCGUGAAUCAACAGCCAAUGCUUAUGAUAUUUAUCCGGCAAAGCAUGCACAGUUCAAAUUCUUCAACACUCCUCGGUUUGUGAAUCUUGCAGUGGCAUUGGUCAAGCCUAUGUUGUCAAAGAAUGCAGACAGCAUCAAAUUAGGGUGCAAGUUUCCGGGUGGGAGAUUGGAUAGUGUCUUCAACGUUCCAAAUGAAGAAGCAGCUGUAGCCAGGCUGCGUGUGAAAUUGGAAGAACUGAUAAUGAGAAGAUAUGACAAUGAAAAGAAGUUCUCACUGGAGAAUGUGCCUGCAGACGGCCAGGAGGUUGAGGCAGUAGAAUCAACAUAA